AUGCCUGUUGAUCAAAUUGAGAUUGAACUAGGUAGGAGUGAUGUGACUAGAGCUUUAGAUGAAGUGGAUUUUCAGCGAAACGAUGUAUCAAUAGAAGUUGAUAGACCCCUCUCAGCCUCACCAGACAAAGUUGAUAUAGCUUUUGGAAAGGGAGUGGAAAAAGAAGAUAGAAAAUAUUAUGAAGAAUAUCGAUUUGAUUUCAAAUAUUUAUGUUUGGCUGUUCUCUCUGUCAUACUUUAUAUUGGUGACAUUAUAAGUGACAUUCAUUUAGCUAUGAAGUAUUUUUCAGAAGGGGAGACAACCUUUGGGAUUGUGACAACAGUUUUUGUGGCAGGACCAUCAUUAGUGAUGUGUGGUUUUGGUCUACAUUGGUACUGGAUUGAUUAUCAUAUUGAAAAGAAAGAGAUAGAAAAACAGAGAAAGAAAUAUGAUAACCAUUGGAAACCUGUUCAUGAAACUAAAAAAGGAUUAUGGAUUUUAAGGGUAGUUAUGACUUUAUUACAAUUAGGAACAUUAAUGCGAUCUGUGGAAUAUAUAUACUAUGGAUGGAUGUCUAUGAAAUCAGAGAAGAAAAUAACGAAGAUCGAAAAACUUUAUGCAUGGGCUGCUUUACGCCCUGAUGAAGAUGUAGUGGGUUUAUCUAUGAGAAUCAUCUUUCUCUUAUCAUCUUGGGGAAGUUUGAGUAUGGGGUUAACGUCAUACCAUAAGUCGUUAAGAUACUCUCGAAAUACUAAACGCAAUCUUUCAUUUGUAGCAACACCAUUUUAUUUCAUAUGGAGAGCUUCUGAAGUCGGGGGUCGUGUCCUAUGUUUUGCUUUGUUUGCUAUUACAUACCAAGCUUGGGUUUUCGCUCCAAUUUUACUUCACUGGUUGAUCAUGAUUGUCUGGACUAUUAAUCAAAAGACGCAAUUCUACAUCAAACGGUGGCAAGAAACAAUAUUUAACAUCGUUUGUGGGUAUGUCAUGAUUUUUUGUUUUUUAAAUCUACAGGAAGGACACACUCGUUUUCGCUACCUCGUUUUCUACAUCAUAAUUUAUUUUGAAAAUUUUGUGAUGAUUGGAAUUUGGUUUAGAUUAUUACCAUCACAAGGAGCUUGGUAUGAUCUUUAUGCUUUUAUAUUGAUUUUGGUUUUAUUUGUUGUCCACAUCAUUUUUCAACUUCUAUACUAUAAAGUGUUCCAUCCUGAGAAAAUUCAGAUAUGUCUACCAUGUGAUCGGAAUCUUUUAUAUGAAUCUGUGUGUCAUCAGCUCACGGAGGAGGAAAAAUAUCCUUACAUGGAACAAACAAUCGAAGUUAAGAAAUCAAACUCAGAAUGCUCGCAUGAUGGCAGAAAUUCUCACAGUGUUCCGAGAACAGAUAUUUCUAGAACCAAACAUGAUGCAUUAGAAAUGAGGCCAUUGACCACUCAGAAUUCAUGUGAUGCAAACUCAAGUGUCCAAAGCUCAAGCUCUGAAGAGGAUCAAGAAACUGCUAAGAAACCUGUUGAUUCUGAAGUUGGUGUGGAUAUAUGUCCAGCUGAUUUUUCUCCAAAGAUCUCAUGA